CUCAACUCAUCAUGGAGCACACCCCUCACUUGGCCAUGAUACCCACACCCGGGAUGGGUCACAUCAUCCCACUCACUGAGUUCGCCAAGCAACUCGUUCUCCGCCACCGGUUCACCGUCACGCUCAUCAUCCUCGAUGACGGCUCGCCCAUGACAACCCAAAAAUCGCUGCUCCGGUCCUUACCUGAAGCCAUCACCUCCCAUUUUCUUCCGCCGGUUAACUUCGACGAUCUUCCUUUCGACGUCAAAAUUGAAACGCGAAUGGCACUGAACUUGACUCGAUCCCUCUCUGGCAUUCGCGACACGGUCAAGUCCCUAAGCCGGUCGACCCGACUCGUAGGCCUCAUCAUGGACUUCUUUGGUACGGACGCCUUUGACGUGGCCAAGGAAUUCGGUAUUCUAUCCUACAUUUUCUUCCCUUCAACCGCCAUGGCUCUUUCGUUCACCAUCCACAUGCCCGAGCUUGACGCCACGUACUCUUGCGAGUUCAGAGACAUUCCCGACCCGAUUCAAUUACCCGGGUGCGUAGCGAUUCACGGGAGGGACUUAAUUGAUCCGGUCCAAAAUAGGAAGGAUGAAGCCUACAAGUGGGUUCUUCACCACGCCAAAAGACACACUCUCGUUGAUGGGAUAAUAGUCAACAGCUUCUUAGACCUAGAAUCGGACGCUUUUAAGGCUUUAAAAGAAGAGAGACCGGCCCGACCGCCAAUUUACCCGGUCGGACCGCUCAUGCAAUCGGCAACUGAAUCGAGUUUUGGGGACGGGCAUGGGUGUCUGAAGUGGCUGGAUGAGCAGCCACGUGGCUCGGUGCUAUUUGUCUCGUUCGGAAGCGGUGGGACCCUGUCCAUGGAGCAGCUUAACGAGCUGGCAAUGGGCUUGGAAAUGAGCGGACAGAGAUUCAUUUGGGUCGUGAGAAGGCCACACGAGAAGGCUGCGAACGCCGCUUACUUCGGGGUCCAAAACAAGGAAGACCCGUCGGAUUUCUUGCCGGAGGGGUUCUUGGGCCGGACUCGGAAAAUGGGCCUGGUGGUGCCGUCGUGGGCUCCGCAGGUUCGAAUCCUCGCCCACGGGUCGACGGGCGGGUUCUUGAGCCACUGCGGGUGGAACUCGACCUUGGAGAGCAUAGUGCACGGGGUGCCGAUGGUGGCGUGGCCGCUCUACGCGGAGCAGAGGAUGAACGCCGCCAUGCUGCGGGGGUUGGGGGCGGCGACGAUGGUGAAAGCCGACGAGGAAGGGGUGAUGCGACGGGGAGAGAUCGCAAAGUGUGUGAGAGGGAUAAUUGAAGGGGAAGAGGGGAGGGUGGUGAGGAAGAAGAUGGGGGAGUUUAGGGACGCUGCCCAAUUGGCUUUGAGCAGAGAUGGGUCCUCCACAAAGGCACUUGAUGAGGUGGCGCAAAUAUGGAAAAAUCAUACAACUAUAUGAUUUUUUUUUUUUUUUUUGCCCCUUCUAUAAAUUAAAAAUAAAAAUAUAAUAAAUAAUUACAAAAUUAC